CCCUGCUUCACCUCCUCCUCUUCCUACCUGACUCAGAGCCGCUCCGACGCUAUGCGUAUGUCCGCGUCUCUCUCUGCAAGGCGAGCACCACCAGAGAGAGCCGCACGCUCCUGCUGACCGCCGGCCACGAGCCCUAUCCCCAACGCCGGCUGACGAGGCACCCAGGCCGGGCAGCAGGGGCAGGAGAGACACCGCUGAGUGCAGUCCGGAGAGUUGGACCUGGAUAGAGAGAGAUCUGCUAAAGGAAAACCCUGAAACCUUCUGUCCCUAGCUUUCACCUCUCCAAACUCCCUCUCUCUCCCCCCGUUCCUCUUUCUCCUCUUUUAUCUAGAACUUCUCGCAGCCGUCUACGUCUUCCUGUCCUCUCACCUGUUCUACUUCCUGUAAUUGGCCAUGGCAUCCAAGCUGAAUCCCAAUGUCCUGUACGUGGCAGAGCCUGGAGAGUCCCUUGGAUCACCCCAAGCUGAUUCUGAAAGGACUCAUAUUUCUGGAGAAGCUGGGGAAGAGUCGUCAGACAGCGAAGGAGAGCAAGAGGAGACGUCCCACAAGCUGAUCCGCAAAGUGUCAACCUCCGGACAGAUAAGAGCCAAGAAAAGUGUGAAGGAGGGAAUCCUGUUAAAGCAGACCAGCUCCUUCCAAAGAUGGAAGAGGAGGUACUUUAAACUCAGAGGGAGGACGCUGUACUACGCCAAAGACUGCAAGUCCCUGAUUUUUGAUGAAGUGGACCUAUCGGACGCCAGUGUGGCCGAGACCAGCACCAAGAACAUCAACAACAGCUUCACGGUGAUCACCCCGUUUCGCAAACUUAUGCUUUGUGCUGAAAGCAGGAAGGAAAUGGAGGACUGGAUCACGGCUCUCAAAUCCGUUCAGAAAUGGGAAACCUAUGAAGCCAGCCAGUUCAACAUGGAGCAUUUCUCUGGGAUGCACAACUGGUACGCCUGCUCACACGCCAGACCUACCUUCUGCAACGUCUGCAAGGAAGCCCUGCCGGGCGUCACCUCCCACGGCCUGUCCUGUGAAGUUUGCAAGUUCAAGGCUCACAAGCGCUGUGCUGUUCGCUCCACCAACAACUGCAAGUGGACCACGCUGGCUUCCAUAGGGAACGAGAUCAUGGAGGAUGAGGACGGGGUGUCCAUGCCACACCAGUGGCUGGAAGGCAACCUGCCCGUCAGCGCUAAAUGCGUGGUGUGUGACAAGAACUGUGGCAGCGUGCGGCGGCUGCAGGACUGGCGCUGCCUCUGGUGCAAGGCCAUCGUGCAUAGCAGCUGUAAAGAACAAAUGGGGAAGGUGUGUCCCCUGGGCCAAUGUCGAGUCUCAAUCAUCCCACCCACUGCACUUAACAGCAUCGACUCAGAUGGUUUCUGGAAGGCCACCUCUGGAUCUUGUGCCAGCCCUCUCCUGGUCCUGGUGAACUCCAAGAGCGGCGACAACCAGGGGGUGAAGUUCCUCCGCAAGUUCAAGCAGCUUCUGAACCCGGCUCAAGUCUUCGACCUGAUGAACGGAGGACCAGAGCUCGGGCUGCGGCUCUUCCAGAAGUUUGUGACGUUUCGCAUCCUGGUGUGCGGUGGAGACGGCAGCGUGGGCUGGGUGCUGUCGGAGCUCGACAAGCUCAACCUGCAUAAACAGUGCCAGCUCGGAGUCCUUCCCCUGGGAACGGGGAACGACCUGGCCCGCGUUCUGGGCUGGGGCGGCUUGUGCGACGACGACGCCCAGCUGCUGCAGAUCCUGGAGAAGCUGGAGAGAGCCACCACCAAGAUGCUGGACCGAUGGAGCGUAAUGACAUACGAGGUGCCCCCCACCAAUAAACACACGCCCACCGUGAAGGAAGACGACAGCCACGAGGCUCCUCUGCAGAUCCACAUCACUCAGUAUGCAGACUCCGUCGCCUGCCACCUGGCCAAGAUCCUGGACUCUGACAAGCACAGCGACGUCAUCUCCUCCGCCAAGUUCCUGUGUGGGACGGUGAACGAUUUUGUGGCAGAGGUGGGGAAAGCGUACGAGAGAGCCACAGAGAACAAGGAGGAGGCAGAUGCCAUGGCAAAGAAGUGCGCCCUGCUGAAUGAGAAACUGGAUUCGCUGGUGAAGGCCUUAAGCGAGGAAGCAGAAGCUCAGGUGGUGCCGGCAGGUUCAGCGCCGAGCCAGGAGAGUGGCGGCUCAAGCCCUGGUGAAAGUGGCGGCGAGUCGGGCUCUGAGGGCAAAACGUAUCGGUCCAAAGAGCAGCUGAUGCUCCGAGCCAACAGCCUGAAGAAAGCCCUGAGGCAGAUCAUCGAACAGGCUGAGAAAGUGGUUGAUGAGCAGAACAGACACACGCAGGUCCAGAGGAUGCCGUCUUCAUCCUCCAUCACCAGGGAGAACAGCGAAGAGCUGAAGGAUGCCGACACACGAGGUUUGAGUCCCACCUCGCCCAUCGUCCUGGAGAAAACAGAAAGUCUGAACGCCGUCACCUUCAACGAGGACACAGUUCAGUGCACAGAGAAGUGUGUGAUGAAUAACUACUUCGGCAUCGGGCUGGACGCCAAAAUUUCUCUGGAGUUCAACAACAAGAGGGACGAGCAUCCCAAAAAGUGCAGUAGUCGCACCAAAAACAUGAUGUGGUACGGAGUCCUCGGGACCAAAGAGCUGGUCCAGAAGACCUACAAGAACCUGGAGCAGAGAGUCCAGUUGGAGUGUGACGGCGUUGCCAUGUCGCUGCCGAGCCUGCAGGGCCUGGCGGUUCUCAACAUUCCCAGCUAUGCAGGAGGAAUCAACUUCUGGGGAGGAACCAAAGAGGACAAUAACUUUGGAGCGCCGUCGUUCGACGAUAAGAAGCUGGAGGUGGUGGCGGUGUUUGGGAGCAUGCAGAUGGCCAUGUCCAGAGUCAUCAACCUGCAGCACCACCGCAUCGCUCAGUGUCGGCAGGUGAAGAUCACCAUCCUGGGGGACGAGGGCGUCCCGGUGCAGGUGGACGGCGAAGCCUGGAUCCAGCCGCCCGGCAUCGUCAAGAUUGUGCACAAGAACCGGGCUCAGAUGCUCACCAGAGACAGGGCGUUUGAGAGCACGCUGAAGUCGUGGGAGGACAAGAGGAAGAUCGACAGCUACCGCGCCGCCAGGCCACGCCUCAACUCCCAGCAGUCCAUGGAGUACCUCACCGAGGAGGAGUGCGCCCAGGUGCAGCAGCUGGGCAUCGUGGCCGACAUGCUCAUCAAUAAAAUCCGCGAGGCGGCUAAGACCCACAAGCUGGUGGAGCAGGAGCUGGCUCACGCCGUGAACGCCACCGCGCUGGUGCUCACCGAGGCCAAGGUGUCCACCAACGAGUGUCUGAGCCGCAGCACAGCAGUGGAGAUCGUCAACAGCAGUAAAGUCCUCCAGGCUGAGACCAGCAUGCUGCUGGACGGAAAGCUCCUGUCGGAUUUUCCCGAGGAGGAAGAGCUCCGAUUGACCCUGAACCACCUGAGCGCUGAGCUGCUGAAGCUGGAUGACAUCCACUGGAUCUGUCCGCUCAUGCAGUGCUCCGAGGAGGACUCUGUGCGGAGCAGCAGCAGUAAAGGCAGCAGCAGCAUGAAGCUGAAGAUGAUUCCCAAAACGAAGAAGGAGAAGGAGAAGCUCCACAAGCAGAAGUCCAACAGUUCUCUCUCAGGAACGUGGGAUCUUAAAAGUGGAACAACUGAGGCAGAUUCCUCAGUCAACUGAACACCGUCGCCUCUCUUUAAUACGACCCGCUCUGACCCGCUUCCUGUCCAGUCAUGAGGCCCCUCGGUUUCCCAGAGGCGUCACAAACUGAAGUAAUGCCUUCUUCCCUUCUUUUAAGCAUUUUGCUCUGUUUUACUUCUUCGUCGUCUGGUUUUUUGCAAACCAGCAGGUAAUCCCCCAAUUUCUUCUUUUUUAAAAAAAAAGCAGGGCCUGUUUCUGUGUGGCAUUGCUUUAAUGCCGCCAUUUUGCUUUUAUUUCUGAGUGCAAGUCAAAGAAGGAACCAUGCAGGUUGUGGGAAAACCAGGAAAUGCGUUUUACGUGGUGCUCACCUCGCAUGUCAGGUGUAAACCUGAAUUUUUAUCCUAAGUUGUUACAAUCUAGGUUGUGGUUUUUUUAUAUAUUUUGUUGUUUUUUUUUUUUCUUCUUUAUAUGAAGAAAACUUCUGACUCGCCUUUGGACUGCAUAUUUAUUUCCUGUUGCUACUGCCAUGAGAACUCCCAACGGCAACAAAAUCAACAAAAAUGAACAAACUGAGACGUCUCAGCUUUAUCGUCUGCUGAACUGGAAAAUAUCUUCAAUGUUGCAAAAAAAAACAAACAAAAAAAACAAACAAACAAAAAAAAAAUCCUAAGGAAUGUACUUGUGUGGACUUUUAAUAACAUGUGAAUUAAGAUGCUGUUCUGUUCGGCUCCGCGGCGGCGGUUCUAUUGUCGUCUUUUUAAAGUGGUUCUUCAGUGGACUCGUGCGAUUCCGCCGCAAAAACAAACAAAAAAACAAACAAACAAACAAAAAAAAAAAACCCAAACGCGAGUCAUUUUGUCGAGAACUCGGCGGGGUUUAGAAGUACAUCUUUGGGUUUUAUUAUGUGACUUACGUGGGAGUGAACUCUCCCCCUGCUGUGCACUUGAAUUCAGAACCGUUGUGAGGAGCGGCGCCGGGCGAAAUGGUGACGGUGUUUACAGGAGGAGGAAGCAUCAAGGACACUUUGAAACGCCUCAACAGCUUCUCAGUGUGUUGCUCUUACUUUGUCAUACUACAUGAUGGUAUACUAAAUAUAAGAAUAAGAACUAAUAUGUAUUGGAUUUUUUUAUUUUUUUUUGCCUUGUCUGUGGUUUAAAGCUAUUAUUAUUAUUAUUAUUAUUAAGACAAAUAUAUAUCUAUUUUUUUGUAUACCUUAUUUUCCUAAAUGGUAAUCUGUGAAGCUGUCCUGGCGUUGCUGCUUCCCCCUUUGAAACGUUCAAUCACACAUUUAGACGCCGUUCUGUGUCCCUGCAUGCACGCCAAGCCUUUCUUCGCCUCACAGUGGAAAUCGCCUCAGAGUGGCACAUUUUAGCUUGCGACAUUUGUGAACGCCAUACUAGUUUUUGAGAACAUACAUGUUGAACGAAUUUUUAUUCUAAGUCAAUAUUUUUGGAGCUUCUGUUGAGUAUAGUUGCUAUUUGGCUUAAAUUACUAAAAUAUAGGUUUCAUAGACUUCCUGGCUACCGUUUAAGAGUGACAUUUUCAUGUGAGAUUUAUUUUUUUGGACACUUUAGAAAUGACAAACAAAAUGCAAAGUUCCUCCAAAUUUACUCGCUGUUUAAGUUCUAAAAAUGAUACCUUGUUGCUGUUUUUCUAGUAAGAAAACGACGUCACUUAACGUUAUUUGUCAGACUAUCCGCUAGCCUGCACCUGGCUGCUUUACAGUCACGCCACUCAAAGAUUACCUGUUGACGGCUAACUUACGUCAAGUGUGCGCUAGCAGACCCUAGAUCAUGUUUAUAGACUUUGAUAUUGAGUGGAAAGUAAAAUAAACUAGUAAAAUAAAGCUAAUUCUUCACUUUCUAUUUAAAAAGGAGUUGAAACCAAUAUGUUGAAUUUGUUUUUUGUUUCAGAGCCAUAAGUAGAAAUAUAGAUAUAUAGUUGGAGUAACAACAUGAACAUUUUAGAUGUGAUAAUGUACUGAGAAAUUUAAAUGGCUAAAUACAAUUAGCUUACUUAACUCACAAGCUAGCUUAAAGCGAGGCACAAAAUUAGCCGUUCCAUAUUCUUUCUUAUUUAGCUCACAUUGGUUUUAGUGUUUAAAUUCUGGAGUCAUAAAUUUAACUUAAACUGUUAAGUUUUUCUGCUUCGAGCUCGAAAGUCACUAGCAUUUCUACCAGGGUACAGGUGAAAACAAACAAAGAACGGCUAUUAAUUUUGGCUACUUGUUCUGAUGAAUCACUGUGAGGCGCUGUAGAUAUUCAGCUGUGGUAGGAUUGUGCUACUGUAUCCAUAGUGUGCCAGCUACACGCUCAAAACCUUAUAGAGGCUUUAGUGGUUGUUGUGCCAAGUCUGUACUUUGGGUUUAAGGCUUAACGAAGUGAGUGUGUGUGUGUGCGUGCGUCAGUAAGAGUGUGUAUGAAAGCGUGUGUGUGUGUGUGUGUGCAAGCUUUUGACACGCCUCAGAUGCAAACGUCGUUGUGUGUCGUACAUUUCAAAGUUUACUGUAUCUUUGCCUUGCACUUUACAACGACGCAAACUUAAUAGGGAAAAAAAAAGAAAAACAAAAACCAACCAAACAUUUGCAUAAGUACGUGUGUUGAAAUUUUGAGUGAAUUUUUUUUAAAACUGAUUUGAUGAGAAGAUAUUUAAGAUAUUGUACAUGGAUACAAAUGUGCUGGUAAAAUGUAAUAUAUAACCAAUCAUAAAGCGUAUAUAAACACAGAUGUAAAAACCGAGGUUUAUGACGUUGGUGGUCUUAAAUGAUGUGAUGAUGUCCUACCGCAGUGUAAAAGAUGUUGAAAACUGUAAUUAUUCUGCAAAUCUUAAGUCAACAUAUUGAAACUGUCCAGUGUUAUUUAUGGAUUACAAAUGACUCGUUUACACAGCCGAGGUGUUCAGCCGCUGUCGAGCCAAUCUUUGAGUGCUUUUCAGUUUGAUUACAAUAUGCUGUACUGCAAACGAUGACCAAGAUGUUGAGGUAUGAAAGCCAUUUUGUAAAAAAAGAAACAAAAAAAAAAACUGGUUGCCUGUUUGUUUUUUAAGAAUAAUUUUAUUGAUUGUCUUUUGGAUUUUCCUUUUGAAAGAUUCUUUUUUUUUUUUUUUUUUUUUUUCUAGAUUUUGUGUUAAUUUGUUUUCAAAAUGCAAAAACUGGGAUUUGGAUGGAAACUCUUCCAAUCGCUGGAGCGCCAGUGGAAAAAAAAAAUGUGCAGAUUGAAAAUGUUUAGCGGCGUUGGUGCAGCAGAGCCUGAGCAGUGAGCCAGACUAGAUGUUGCACGACCUCGAGGUGUUUUCGUGUGCUAUCAUGUGCGGUGUAUAACAAAGACAAAGUCAGUGCAACCCUCUGGAGAUUAAAUGAAUUAUUGAAGUGUGA